GACGCUAUGCCAUGGACCACAAAAGCCAAUGGCACGAGCGUUUAUUCGGCCAACAACUUCUCAAAUGCGAAACAAAUUCGUCGAAAUCCGGCGACUUCCUGUGCGUCGCGACGUCGGAAGUCCUCCAAAACGUCCAAAUAACCGGCGUUUAUUUCUCCUUUGCUAAUAUAAGUCAACAAAGCGACGAUUUCACCAAAAAACUCAAACUUUUAUACGAAAAACUCAACCAGGAAAAUUGUCAAAUAAAAAAAUUCCAAGUGGUGCAAGUGGUUCUGUGGGCGAAUAAUGACGUGUUUAGCGACUUCGAGAACAGUCACAGAGACAGUCUCGUGGGGCUGCCGUGGUUCGCGGUGCCCUUCAGCGAGAUCGAUUUGAAGACGCGCCUCUCCCGCCGCUACCGCAUCAAAUCCGGCGUCCCCACCCUCGUCCUCCUGGACCGCGACGGCGGCACCAUCAGCGUCUCAGCCCAGGACCGGCUCCUGGAAGACCCUCUGGGCACCUCCUUCCCGUGGCGCCCCCGUCCCGUGGAUCAAGUCCUCAAAGACGUCGUUUUACAAAAAGGCGGCACCUUCUCCAAGGAGCAUCCUUGCACCAAGUCCGAAGACUUCCGCUACAGCGACCUGCCCGACGCCGUCCGCGGGUUCUACUUUUCGGCGAAUUGGUGUCCCCCUUGUCGGGCCUUCACCCCCCAACUGGCCGAAGUGUAUCGACUUAUACGGAAGAAGGAGCCGGGUUUUGAGAUUGUCUUCGUCAGCAGUGACAGAAGCGCCGAGUCAUUCGGGGCCUCUGUGGAGGCCAUGCCUUGGUUGGUGGUACCAUGGCAACAAGCGGGGGUCAGGGCCGAACUGGCCCAAUUGUACGGAAUAAGGGGGAUCCCCACGUUGCUGCUGUUGGACCGGAAUGGCCAUAUUAUCACGAUGGAUGCCAGGACCGAACUCGCCGAGGAUCCAAUGGCGCAGAAUUUUCCAUGGAAACCGCGCGCUGUUAAUAUUUUAACCGAGCGAUUUGCUAAUAAAUUACACGAUUAUCCGGCCAUCGUCUUGUUUGUGGACGGCGAGGAAACCGAGCUCCAAUUCGCCGAAUCAGUCCUGUCCCCCGCCGCCGACUCGUACUACAAGACCCACAACAUCAACUUCAACUCUGCCCCCGAGGACUUCUUCUCCAACUGCGAGGUCGACCACUACCUCCAAUUCCUCAUCGGCCUCGACUCCGAAACCAGCGACAUCCUCCGCGACUUGAUCGGCCUCGACGACGUCGCGCCCCUCCUCGUCGCCAUCGACAUCCCCAACCGACGCUUCGCCGUCAUGGAAUACGGCGUCGAGAUCACCGUCGACGCCGUCAGCGACUUCGUCGAGCGCUUCCAGAAGGGCGACGUCAAAUUCACCGAACUGAACGAACGGGUGGGGGAAGAACACAAUUAGGGUGGCAGCCCUGCUCCAGUUAAUCAAAAGUGUACAGUUGCUUGUUUUGUAGCAUUUAAUUACGUGUAAAACACAAUUAUAUACAAAGAAUUGAAAUAAAUUAAAAAAAUUAUCUA